GUGAGUGCAAGAGAGGACAAUGUUAUAUUUUUGUGACAUAUAUCACUAGUUAACUCAUUAACAACAGCCUUGGAAUAUUGUGUUUGUAUCAAGGGCUGUAUACGUGUUUAGCAAAAAGUCACAGCUGUAAGGUUGACUUAUCAUCAAUUGUUAGUAGAUGAACGGACGAGGAAGAAAGAGGCCAAGCUGUAGUGGGGAGUCCUUGCUGGGGACGACCUCGGGGCCACACUGCCUGCUGCCCUACACCAGUCAGAGAAUUGCAAGGUGGUGGUAAGUUUUGACAAUGGAAGUAGACUGGCUCUAUCCCAUGAGACGGGAAAUGCAAGAGAUUCUUCCAGGGCUUUUUCUUGGCCCAUAUAGUGCUGCUACUAAAUCCAGGUUCACUACACUUCUAGACCAUGGGAUCACACACAUCAUAUGCAUCAGACAGAACAUAGAGUCGCACAUGGUACGAGCUAAUUUUCCUGACAAGAUUAAGUACUUGAUACUAGAUAUGGCAGACAACUUGACACAGAACCUCAUAUCUCACAUAUCAGAGUGUCGGAGUUUCAUUGAUGAAUGCCUAGCUUCAGGUGGAAAAUGCCUCGUUCAUGGCAACCUUGGAAUUUCUCGUAGUGCAGCCAUUGUAGUUGCUUAUGUCAUGGAGAAAAGGGCUUUAACUUAUAAGGAGGCACUAGAAUUUGUGCAAAACAGAAGAUAUUGUAUCAACCCAAAUGAUGGCUUCAAGCAACAGCUUAUUGAAUAUGAGGCAAUUUACAAAGCUCAACAGACUCUCCUCUAUGGUCAGUGUUCCCAAGAAAAAGGAAAGCUUAAAAGAAAGCAUGACCAGACCUUUGAUGAUUUUGAUCAAGAUUCCUCAGAACCAAUGGAAGCCAUAAGUUGAUAAACAAUAAACCCUACAUGGGUAAGGUAUUUCUCACACAAUCAGAACUUGUGAUAAUUGGAAUAUUAUGGAACUAGACUGUUUCAUGAUUGGUCCUUGUAAAGAGUUAGUUUUUGUAAAAUUUUAUUUUUUUAUUUUCUUAAGAAUAGAUUAAAUACUGUAUUCCAAUAAUGUAGUAAGAUGUUCAUUGCUGAAUUGAAAGUCGUGUUACUAAUUUCACUUCAUUUUGUGAAUGCUGACUGUAGAUUCUGGCUAUAGUGUCAAAUUCAGUUUAUUUAUUUUUGAAUACAGGAGAACUUUUAUAAGAUUUUUUAUAAAAAAGUUGCAUAAUGAUAUUGUAUAAAAACGCAGUUUAAGUCAUUGGUGUUAUUAGAUGCUAACAGACAUUCUACCUAUGCUCGUAUUAAAUGGGGCUAAAUUCUUCCUUCAGGUCAAGACAAAGAUUUUGUUUUUAUAAAUUUCUUCACUUGGUGGUACAGUAUAUUAUUUUCUCUUUACAUGUUCUGUCUUAAGCAUCAGCACAAGUGGAGCAGUCUUCUUAAAACUAAUUACUAUGCCAAUAAAUAAAACACAAGUUGAAACAGAGCCCUAUUGCAAGCAGUUACACAUAUCUGUCUACUUUAAGCACACGUUGCUGAUCUCACCCGAUAUAAUUUGCAGUACUGUAUAUAAUUGUUAAGUACCCUUGGUAAUAUUAUCUCUUCUUUUGGUCACAUUGUGAGACAGUUUUUGGGUGUCCAAUAUAGUGCAGUGCUCAGCUGUCAAAACUCAAUUUUAGUGACAAGUGUACUGAUCUUUUUUGUCUUUAGAUAUCUAUCUAUCUAUCUUUUCUCAUAACUAAGUGAUUGGCUUAUUCAUAGUUUUCCUUCUUUGCUCACAGACACUUUCGGGUAAUUGUAUAUCUGUCAACCAACCACUUAUUGCUUGUCUGUCUGGAGGAUCAGUCAGAUAAUGCCUUUUGACUGUAGCUCUGAUUCUCAGAGAGACAGGCAAUGUGGCUCUAACUCGAGAGAGAGAGAGAGAGAUUAAUUGUGCGUCUACUUAAAGUGGGAUGGCUGGAAAGAAAACCAAUAAUGUACAGUACUUCCAUUUGCCCUUGGUUCAUUCAUACUGGUAUGAAAGAUGUGUGCUCUUUUGGUACUGUACUCCUCUUCCACAAGAAGCUCAAAAUCUGGUUUUUCCCUGUUGCUACACACAAGCCAGCAUCACUCAUCAACAAUGCUUCCUUCCACCUUAAAUCACUUUGUUACCACUUGGAUGAUCAUCCCCACACUUCCUUCAAUCCCAUUCUUCCAUAUCCUUCUUGGUCUUCCCACCCCCUCCUUCGUACAAUGAAUCUCUGAAUUUGACACUCUUCUUACCAAACCUUCACUUUACUUUCAACAAUAUGUCCACACCAUCUGAGUAUUACCCCGACAUGCUCUCUGCCCAACACUUCUCUUACUUCCAUGCCUUUAUAUAUAAAUUGAACACUUGCUAAUUUGAUAUUGUCAGGGCUGUGAGUUGAUUGAAUUUUUGCAAAAUAUUGAAUUUUCCAAACAAUUGAAAUAGUCAUACAAUUCUGAAUAUUUUUACCACUUGCCUCAUGAUUCGAAAGGAAUUCAUUAUUUUUACAGUAAACAUGUGUUUUGAUGUACUGGGAAGCCCAGCAUGAGAAAAACUUAACACUGUCUUAAGAAUAGUGUAAUGUUCUCUACUGUAUACUGUACAGUAAUAUCUCCGUUAGCCGGAAUCCCUCAAACCUGGAAAUCUCCGAUAGCCGGAAUUGAAAUUUGCUCAGAAAAUUAUUCCCAAAGCCGGAAUUUUCCAAAAAUUUCCGGCUUUAGGAACAAAUUUUUCGAGGUUGAAAAUCAAGAGAAUUUUCGAAAAAUAUCUUGAAUAAAGAUGAAAGUUAAAGUA